UCCCACAUGCGCAGAUGCAGCGCUCAUCUGGCUCUGCGGGGCCGGGCGGAGCAGGAGGGUCUGUGCCGGGGAGAUUUUCAUUAACCCCUCCGUGCCCGGCCCGCGCCCUGCUCCCGCGGGAGCCGCCCUGGGGCUGCCCCGGGCUCUGCCCGCCCCGCUGCGGAGCUGCAGCCUCCAGGCUACAGAAUAACAUCCACGUUUUGCUCCAGAUCAUCCCAUCCUCCCAAGGGGAAGGAAAUGGCUGCAAUGGAGCUGGCUCAGGGGCUGGUGACUUUCGAGGAGGUGGCUGUGUAUUUCACCAAGGAGGAAUGGGCUCUGCUGGACCCUGUUCAGAAAGCCCUCUACAGAGACGUCAUGCAGGAGAACUAUGAGACGGUGGUCUUGCUGGGGUUUCCAGUUUCCAAACCUGAUGUGAUCUUGCAGCUGGAACGAAGGGAAGAGCCGUGGGUCCCAGACCUCCAUGGCGCUGAGAAAAAAGUGCUCCUGAGAGCUGCCUGCACAGGCAGUGACCUAUGUCUGGAUUCUCUCUGUCUCCCAUCAGGUGUUGGGAUGGUGAGUGAGAACGAGGAGAAACCCCAGCAGGAAGAUACUGAGCAAGUAUUACCCCAUGGGAUGUUAUCAGGAAGAUCGAAAGGGAAUGAUUCCAGGAGUUGUGCACUCCCAGAAAAACCAAAAGCCUGUGAGAGUCAGCGCAGGCCAGCAGAAAACUUCAGUAGCCACUCAGACCUUAUUAUACACAAGAGAAUCAACUUGGAAGAGACACACUACACAUGCCAUGAGUGCGGGAAAAGCUUCAAUCAGAGCUCUGCGCUUCUCACACAUCAGAGAAUCCACCCGGGUGAGAAACCUUACAGAUGCUCUGAGUGUGGGAAACACUUCAGUAAGAGCUCAAACCUUAUCAGACAUAGGAGAAUCCACACAGGUGAGAAACCUUAUGGAUGCCAGGAGUGUGGGAAAAGCUUUAGUCUGCACUCCUACGUUAUCAGACAUAGGAGAAUUCACACAGGAGAGAAACCCUACACGUGCUUUGAGUGCGGGAAACGCUUCAAUCAGAGCUCAAGCCUUAUCAGACAUCGGAGAAUGCACACAGGGUUUCCAAUUUCCAAACCUGAUGUGAUCCCGCAACUGAAACGAGGGGAAGAGCCAUGGGUCCUGGACCUCCAGAGCUCUGAGAAAGAAGUGCUCCCGAGAGCUGCCUUCACAGGUGAUGGGAUGGUGAGUGAGAAUGAGGAGCAGAAACCCCAGCAGGAAGAUGCUGAGGAAGUAGAAACACAUGGAACGUUAUCAGGAAGAUCCAAAGGGAAUAUUUCCAGAAGUUGUGCACUCCAAGAAAAAGCCAAUUCUUGUGAGACUCAAGAGAGGCGAGAGGAAAACUUCAGUAGCCACUCAGACCUUAUAACACGUGACACAAUCAACUUGGAAGAGACACGCUACACGUUCCAUGAAUGCAGGAAAAGCUUCAAUCGGAGCUCUGCCCUUAUCACACAUCAGACAAUCCACGCAGGGGAGAUGCCCUACACAUGCUCUGAGUGUGGGAAAAGGUUCAAUAGGAGCUCAAACCUUAUCAGACAUCAGAAAAUUCACAUAGGAGAGAUGCCCUACACAUGCUCUGAGUGCAGGAAAAGCUUCAGUCGGAACUCAGACCUUAUCACACAUCAGAGAAUCCACAUAGGAGAGACGCCCUACACAUGCUCUGAGUGUGGUAAAAGCUUCAAUCAGCGCUCAAACCUUAUGACACAUCGUAGAAUCCACACAGGUGAGAUGCCCUACACAUGCUCUGAGUGCGGGAAAAGCUUCAAUGACUGCUCACACCUUAUCAGACAUUGUAGAAUCCACUCAGGUGAGACACCCUACAUGUGCUCUGAGUGUGGGAAAAGGUUCAAUAGGAGCUCAAACCUUAUCAGACAUCAGAGAAUCCACACAAGGGAGAAGCCCUACACAUGCUCUGAGUGUGGGAAAAGCUUCAAUCGGCGCUCACACCUUAUCAUACAUCAUAGAAUCCACACAGGAGAGACACGCUACAUAUGCUCUGAGUGUGGGAAAAGCUUCAGUCACAUCUCUGCCCUGAUCACACAUCAGAGAAUCCACACAGGAGCGACGCACUACACAUGCUCUGAGUGCAGGAAAAGCUUCAGUCGGAGCUCAGACCUUAUCAGACAUCAGAGAAUGCACACAGGAGAGACACCCAAUACAUCAGGCCUGCACAACUCGUAAACCGGCAAGGGACAUAUUGCUCCAAAGAAAACAACUGAGGACCCAAACCGCCCGUCCCUGUGGAAAUACCUCCCCCCCACCAGUGCUGCCCAGCUCUGUGGAAAAACUCCCCCCAGCACUGCCCAGCCCUACAGAAACAAACCCUCCUUCCGGAGCGCCGCCCCACUGAAACAGCUGUGGGCCGAAAAGGAAGGUUGGUGUGUGUGUGUGAUACUUUAUUAAGAAUUUUUCAAUUAAAGCAAACGAUUUUUUAAUUUUUUUUAUGAAUCGUAAAAAUGAAAAACACCUGUUUCGUUGAAAGAAAUCUUUUCAUAAUUACAUGCAAAUUUAAUGAGAGAUAGUACAUCUCUUUUCGGCAACAAGGUCGUCGUAUUUGGGGGUCAUAUUUGAAGUGGAUAUUUUCAUAAUGUUUUCCAAAUGGUCGUCAGUCAGAGAAGAACAUUGCUUGUUUUUAUUCAUGUUCCUGAUGGAAAAUGUUCACAUAUGUAAGUGCUUCCAAAAAUGCUGAACGUUUUCAGUGCAACUUCAGUAAGAUUCUUGUAUCGUUCUCAAUAUGUAAGUAUUUAUUCGUCCAUUCAGUGUUGAAAACGCUGUGCUCUGAUUUUCUUUUUCUUUUCACUCAUGGUAUCCAUUACGAAGCUCAAGAUUUUGUUGAAUAAAUUCACAUACAAGGGAAACACUCACAGUCACAUGCAAAGAGAAGAGCUCGCUCAUGGUGCAUGGCACACUAGCAAGGCACUGACAGUGUGUGGAAGCCUGUAGAGGGGGAAAGAAAUGGCACGCAUAGGGUGACCAGAUCACAGCAGUAAAAUAGGACCCGCCCCCUCCCCGCUCAGCCCCACCAUCACACCCUUCUUCACCCCCUACCCCCACUGGCUUGCUGCGUCCCUCCUAGUCAGUCCGCCAUCCACCACUCACCUCUUUUCACUUCCUCCCUCCCCUUCCAGAAACCCCCAUGCCCGCUCCUAGAACCCCUGCUGGCUCACUGCUCACCUCUUUGCCCACCCGCCUGCCUCUGAUUCACCCCUUGCCCCCCCGACUUGCCCCUCACCUCCCCCUAAGUAUAAAGUCUCAUUCAAAGACCCAGGGGUCACUAUAUUGCUGCACACAGCAGUCAAUCAAUGCAGUUGUAGAUAAAUCUCUGCAUU